GUAUCGAAGUUCUAGUUCCUCUAAAAAUAAUGAUCAAAUGUUUUUGCAAGUAAAAACUGGAACCUCCCACGCGCCUCUUCCCUUCUCGGACACGCGCAGUCGAGGGAGGGAGAGAGGGGGGAAGCGGGAGCGUGCUUUCCGUGUCUGGUUAGUGGACUGACAGCCAGCUGUGCGGCUACAACGACAACAACAACCUCUUGGAUUUGCUACAUACAACUAGAUUAGUGUUGGUCUGCUACUGAUCAUAAUAGUACACUAUAUCUAGUUUUUGAAGUGAGGAGUCGGCUGCACAAAGCUACAACCAGUACCAUCGGCGGUUUCCGUGCUAACUAGCUAGAAGAGCAUUCCUCCAACAUGAAUCCGUUGUGUGGCAGAUGUAAUCUAGUCGUAUACCCCACGGAAAAAGUGAAUUGUCUGGACAAGUACUGGCAUAAAGGAUGCUUCAGCUGCGAGGUCUGCAAAAUGACUCUAAACAUGAAGAAUUACAAAGGCUUUGAGAAGAGACCAUACUGCAAUGCACACUACCCUAAGACAACAUUCACCUGUGUGACUGACACUCCAGAGAACAACCGCCUCAAACAGCAGAGCAAGAUGCAGAGCCAGGUUCUCUACAGGGAGGAUUUUGAGAAGAAUAAAGGGAAAGGUUUCAGCGUGGUCGCAGACACGCCAGAGAUGCAGAGAAUUAAGAAAUCGCAGAAUCAAAUCAGCAAUAUUAAGUACCAUGAGGAUUUUGAGAAGAAGAAGAUGGUGGGACCGGGCCCAAAUCAGCCGAGCAGUCCCAGCCCAGGAUACCAGCCGCCUGCAGCCUCUCAGAACUUCCACUAUGAGCCCACUCCUGCACCAGUGCAUCAGGCGGCCGCCGCCCCGCCUCCCAGCGCCGGGAAGCGGUACAGGGCAGUGUACGACUACUCUGCUGCCGAUGAAGACGAGGUGUCCUUUGUGGACGGAGAUGUGAUCAUAGACGUGCAGCAGAUCGACGAGGGCUGGAUGUACGGCCGCGUGGAGCGCACCGGCCAGCAGGGCAUGCUGCCUGCCAACUACGUGGAGGCCAUCUGAGUGAGAGGGAGAGAAAAAGAGGGAGAGAAAACGGAGGAGGUAGAGAAAGGGAGGGAAAGGAAAAAGCCCAGUGCCAUCUCAUCUUAAUGCCGCUUUCUCUUGAUUUUACUCUUGUCCCCUAAUCUGUUCCGUGAGACCUUGACCCCCCCCCCGCCCACCCUGCAUUCUUGCUCUGCUCUCCCUGUUCCACCACAGACACCCUCUACCUAUCUGACUGUCUGUCCUUCUCUGUCUGCCUGCCUCUUUGUCUGUCUGUCUGUGCUGAUGUCUGUCUCUGUUUGGAUGUUCGUCAUCCUCUUUAUCUUUUCCUGAACCUGACUCCUCUCUCAAGUGCUGUCACAAGUUGAAAAAUGAAAGUCUUAAAAGAUAAACUCACAGUUCAUCGCAGUAUGUCAGGGGUGAUGUCGUGUCACACAGUUCCAUCCUAGCUAUAGCACUUAAUCCUAGCACAACAUCAUGCAAAAAUUAGGAAGAAAAUGUAAAAAGCCCCUUUUCCCCCCCUACAAGUCACCACAGCUGCAGACAUUAUUCUGUGGAGGAAAUAAGGUUGAAGUAUGGGUGGGUGUGGCAUUUUCAUUGGCUUGUUUUUGUUUAUUUUCUUUAAUAUUGCAGCGUGAUCUUGGCCGGACUGGAAACACAGUGUAGAAUCUCAGUCUAUCAAAACUAAGCUUGAAUACUUUUGACUUGUGUACAUUCCUUUAACCUCUAACCCCUGUUCCACCAAUAAGCCAGUUAUCAUGUCUUAACAGAGAGGUUUUUAAUAUAUUUAUAGCUUGACACACAUCUCGCCAUUGUGUGUGCUUGCGUAGGCACCCUCGUGUUCAGCACUGCAUUGUGGGUAUCGUUGUAAUACUGGAAUCGUAGCCUAACUGAAGAGCACCUCCUGUCGUUGCCUUUCUCGGGCGUGUCGGAUACAGGAGGGAUCAGGGACAAGUUAGUGGACCUUAUCAGUCCAUCUCUUGCAGCCACACUGAAUACAUCACCUCUGUCUGUGUGGAUGUAGAGUGUGUACAUCCUUUUUCCUGUUUCUUGCAGCCUAAACGCCUUCAGUCCUGAGAGAAUCACAAAGUUAUAGUGAAAAGAUUAAACUGUUUGGAGAAAGGAGAUGGGAACAGGUCAAGUCCUCCACCCCCUCCCCCCCCUUUGCUACAAAAUCACCAAGAAAACGCAUACAUAAAAAAGAAAGCCAAGCACAACUCUGUAUUGUGUAUCUUUCUUUUAUUUUGAAUUCAUUCCACUGUUUUUGUGAGUAAACAUUCCUGUCUUUAUUUUCCAUUUAAUGUGAGAGAAAUUGUAGAAUCGUUGGCUGUGGUAAAUGUUGUUCUCAUGCUGUUCUAUCAUUGCCUUUCUUGUUAUUGUAAGAUGCUUAUUUUCAACAACAGAAAGCCAGUGUAAUUAAAUAAAUAAACCAGCAACUCAAUUUAUGAACCAAGGCAGAAGUGUUUAUCUAGUCUUGUGCAUACACAGUAUUGGAUCAAUUGUGGGAUUACUCAACCUGCAGGUUCAGGUGAGAACAGUGCUAGCAGCUUGAUUGAGAAAUCAGCCGAAUGCUCGCACGUUCAAGCCCGUUUAUGAUCAGUGAAUCUCUCUUAUGCUGUUUAAUAUUCUGGACCUUCUAAGAAAGAGUCAUGUUACAGAAUGGCAUUUGAAAUACACAUGGAAUUAUUAAUUAUUUUAUGCCCUGGUCUUCAAAACGUUCAUAAAGCCAGGCCCGUCACCUGUAUGUCAGGGCCGGCUACUGAUGCAAGACAGGAAGCUUCUUCUUUUUUUUUUCUGGCAGGUGAAUCCCAAAAUUGUUAACUAUUUUUGAUAUUUGACCAGUGAAUCAGCCAAUAUUUACCAGCAUUUGGUUGGUGGUGGUCACUAAGAUGUAAAGAAAGGUUGGUUCAUAAACACAAAAUGAAGCAUUUAAGUUGCUGGCUAUUACACAGAAAUGCUGUAUCAUUCCUUCACUCUAGAUACUGUAUUUCUGGGAGGACCUUAUAUGAUUUAAAAAAAACUAAAAUUGACCAUUUCUAAGUGGUGUAAAUAAUCGUAUUGGCCCCUGACCAUACCCCCCAUCCUUCCCCUUCUUUGCUGUUUCAUUCUCCUGUGAUGCACUGUGACUGCCACAGACAUGAGCGAUCAGGGUGUUCCCGUUUUUAAGGUGGGGUGGAGCCAUUCAGCUUUAUUUAAAGAAACGAGGCUCUCACUAUGUAGCUAGAUGACAUUGUACAAUUGUAUAUGUAUCAUAAAGGUAAGUUAGGGAAAAUGUUUUUACAGGUCAUGGUGCUCUGGGAAGUGGCUUGCCUACAGAUUAAAGGGGUUCAUAUUUUUUUGUGAAUGUGACUGAGGGGACGUAAUGCGACUUUAAAAGUUGACACUGAAAAAAAUCAAGUUUGGUGCAAGUUAGUGUUGAACAUGACAACAGUUUGCAAGUUUCUAAUGUGAUGAAUCGUGACAGUGCUGAUCACUGAUUCAGAAAAAAUCCCCACCUCAAACAGGUUUAUAGGUUGCCAGACAAACAAAACAAACACACUGUAUGUAUGCCUGUAUUUUGCAUUAAUCUCUACUUGACAACAGGACAAGUUUAUUUGCAAAACAGAUGCUAGAUGGGAAAGCUGUUUUAGAGCUCACAGUUGUGUUUUCUUGGGUAAACUCAAGAGUUGGUGGUUUGGUUGGUCUUGAAGUGAAAUGAUUGCUGUUCCUGGCUUAUAAUGAAGUUUGCUUAAAUGUAAUUUAAUCACAAAGCUACUUACACUGGUGGCCUCCGUUACUCUGCAGAUUACAUCCAAUCCAAACUUUCUUUUGUGUCGAGGGCGUUGGUUAUGAACGUUGAUGGUUCUGAAUGAAAUGAAAAAAGGUGGCCAAAGACAGGCCAGUGUUGUGUAAGUGUGGCUCAGGAUGGAUUUGUUAAGGCAAGGUUAAAAUUUUAGCGUGUGGUGAUGUAAGUGUGCGAGGCUGGGGGGAGGGGGGGAGAGAUUGCUCUCAAUCUCCGAGACUGUGAGGCUGGGCAAGUUGUUUGUCUGACCUGGAUAUUAGUCAGGAGUUAACCUCUUUGCGCCAAAUACCGCUCUUCUGCUCUGGCAUCACUCACAUACUGAACCGUAACUUCAUAUCAUAACCCUGUUUCUGUCUAGUAUCCUGUCCACCCGUCUACUGAGAUCGCUCUUUCCUUCAGCCUUCAUUGUAGGCUCCUGCGCUUCUGAUCAAUCAUUCCCUGCUUCUAUGAUACUGGUUAUAUACCGUAGACUUCGCAGAGUGAAAUCAUGUAAUCCACAAUCGGGUUUAGCAUUCAGACCGGUUUUGUGCAUUCCAUCUUAAAUUGUUUUGUUUUUUGUAUAAUUUUGUUAUUUUUUGAAUAAAAAAAUAAAGAGACCAUAUGCAUAUUGACAUACAGUAGUCUUGUAUUCAAAACUCAUUCUGAAUACAUACUCAGAAUUAAGGACCUGAUAUCAUCUCCUCUUACCCUGUUACAGCACUUCAAAUUGUACUUAUGAUUCUGCAGAUUCAAUAAAAUGUCAUUUUUUUUCUCA